AUGGCCGAGAGCGGGGAUGGGAACAUCAAGGUUGUCGUUCGAUGUAGGCCACUCAACUCCCGAGAACUGGCUCGCGGCGCAAAGCCACUCAUCCGCAUGCAGGGAAACCAGACGAUUCUGGACCCUCCAGAGCAGGGCUCGACACAGGACUCGAAACGCGCGACGGAGAGAAAGACAAUGGCAUUUAGUUUUGAUAAGAGUUAUUGGUCUGCGGGCCCAAGGGAUGAGCCCGGUUAUUGCUCACAGCAGACGUUGUACGAUGAUUUAGGAAAGGAAUUGUUGGACCAUGGCUUUUCGGGUUUUAAUGCUUGUAUCCUUGCUUAUGGGCAAACUGGAUCGGGGAAAUCUUAUAGUAUGAUGGGAUAUGGUGCAGACAAGGGUAUUAUCCCCCUGACCUGCUCAGAACUUUUUGACCGUGUCAAGGACAAGUCGGCCCGGGACCCGAAUAUGAGCUUUACCGUUGAGGUCUCAUACAUUGAGAUUUACAACGAGAAAGUGCGGGACCUUUUGAAUCCCAAGAACACAGGAAAUCUCAGGGUUCGCGAACACCCAAGCCUGGGACCUUAUGUUGAGGAUCUUUCCAAGUUGGUUGUGAGCGGGUAUGAAGAGAUGAUGACCCUCAUGGACGAAGGAAACAAGGCGAGAACGGUUGCGGCUACGAAUAUGAACGAAACGUCAUCGCGUUCACAUGCCGUCUUCACUCUUCUUUUGACGAUGAAAAGACAUGAUGUAGACACGAAUAUGGACACUGAGAAAGUGUCGAGGAUUAGUUUGGUCGACUUGGCUGGAUCAGAACGGGCCAACUCCACUGGCGCUACCGGCCAGAGAUUAAAAGAGGGGGCGAACAUUAAUAAAUCACUCACGACACUCGGAAAGGUCAUUUCGUCACUGGCUGUGGCGAGUCAAUCAGAUGGAAAGAAAGGAAAGAAGGGAAAGGCGGAAGAGUUCGUUCCUUAUCGCGACUCUGUCCUUACCUGGCUGUUGAAGGAUAGUUUGGGUGGCAAUUCGAAGACCGCGAUGAUAGCUGCGAUCUCUCCUGCUGAUUACGAGGAAACCCUAAGCACACUACGUUAUGCCGAUCAGGCAAAGAAGAUCAAGAACAAGGCAGUGGUGAACGAGGAUCCUAAUGCGAAGCUUGUGCGCGAGCUCAAAGAGGAAUUGGAGACGUUACGAGCUCGCGUUGCUGGUGCUGCUACUGAAGAAACCUACGAUCCCCAUGUGCCGCCAGAGAAACAGAAGGUCACGUAUAAGACCAAGGAUGGCCGCAUCAAGACGGUCACCAAGGCUGAGCUCCAAGAUCAGAUGGAGGCGAGCGAGAAACUUAUGCAGAGCCUGAACGAAACUUGGGAAGAGAAGCUGGAGAGGACUCAGGAGGUUCAGAAGGAACGGGAGAGGGCAUUGGAGGAACUGGGCAUUACGGUGGAAAAGAAUCUCGUCGGUGUUCAUACGCCAAAGAAGAUGCCACAUCUCGUUAAUUUGAAUGAGGAUCCUCUCAUGAGCGAGUGCUUGAUCUACCAGAUCAAACCUGGGAAGACCAUCGUUGGUCGUCUGGAUAGCGAACAACCGGCCUCGAUCAGGCUGAGCGGAGAAAAUAUUCUUGAGGAGCAUUGUUACUUAGAAAACACAGAUGGAAAAGUUGUAAUACAGAGUAUGCCAGAUAGCGUAACGUUCUUGAACGGAAAACAAAUAUCUCCAGGAACACCACACAGACUUCGUUCUGGUUUUCGCAUCAUUCUCGGCGACCAUCAUGUUUUCAGAUUUAACAACCCGGAAGAGGUGCGCAAGCAACGUGACCGGGCCACCAUGAAAUCAAAUAUGCACCUCAGUCUCUCUGCCGCUGAGAUAGAGGCGAUGAGCGAAAGCUCUCCUCGACCUGACUCCCCUACGUCUUCCACAGAUGAGUUGGCAGACGUGGACUGGAACUUUGCCAAACGUGAAGCUGCCUUGGCUCGAUUAGGUUUAGAUCCAACGCUAGACAACCUCCCAGACGAAGAUUUGAACAAGUUGUACGAGAAGAUCACAAAAGUGAAGACAUUGCGAGACCAUAACUCAAAGUCACGGCCAGAAAGCAGCCUCAGCCAAGCAGAUGAUGUCUGGAGUGAAGCUGGUCGGCCGUUGCCCAGUGAGGCAGCCACGGAUGACACGAGCAUAGACGCUGGACCAAGUUGGGGGAGUCCUGUGGCUGAUGAUUCCCUCAAAGAUGUUCAACAACAACUGGAGAGCCGGCUUCAAGAAAUCACGGACUCUUCGACUGAGGCGGAGGACUUGAAGGUGGAGAAAGACCAUAUGGAACAUCAACUCCGACUCGUCCGUGCGCAGAUGAGACGACUUGUUGAUGCAAGAGCUCGAGGUGAAAAUGACGUGGAGGGGAUAGAAUUUGAGCCAGUUAUCUAUUCUGCUCGGCAGCUCAGAUUGAUCCGAAAGGUUCUUGAUCGAUGGAGAGCACAUCGAUCUUUCUCUAUGGCAGAACUAAUAUUGACAAACGCAGUCAUAAUGAAAGAGGCCAACGUUAUUAGCAAGGAACUUGGAAAGCAAAUAUCAUACAACUUCACAGUAGCCUCCGGCGGUUCUCUCGCCGCCCCAACUUCCGCUGUCGACACCAUUGCGGGCCUGGACGAAUUUGGUGACGUCGCAGACCCCAUCCUUGCCUCUGCUACCCAGCCAUCAGUCGCAGUCAAAGUGCUUGACAAACGACACAAUGCCAUCUACGCAUGGUCCCUUGAUCGAAUGCAACAGCAACUUCAGCGUAUGAGGAACCUCACAACCUAUAUCGACCGCCCCUCAUACACACAACACUUCUCAUCCGACGAACCAUUCUUUGAUUCCCCACCUCCGGAGUACUCCUUUAUUGGAAAUGCCCUACUUUCACUUGCUCCACUUUCCCGAAGAUUAUCAUCAACGUCAACGGUCCCGAUCUUCUGUCGAUACACAGCAGAAGCCAUUGGCUCAUGUCGAGUUGACAUCAAAGUUGUGAAUGUUGUUCUUUCGGCCAAAUAUUUAAACGGAUCUUCUUCCUCCACUCGCUCCUCCUCCCCAGUUCCGGGACAUGUCCCUCCUGGAACCAAAUUGAGCUUCUUUUUGACUGUUGACUCCAUCAAGGGGCUCUCGUCGCAUGAUUUCUCCGGAGUCCAUCUCCAAGUCCGUCUUUCCUCUUUUGUUGGCCCAAGUCUUUCAGCAGAAGAGGUAUUUCCGUCGGUUGCGCUCAACAUCGACUCGUCAUCACUAUCAGAGUUGAAGUUCCGAAGAAGCUUCUCCAUCGUAACCACUUCUAAGGUUCUGAAUCACUUGCGGCAGGGCUAUGCUCCGAUUGAGUUCUUUGCUGCACUCAAGCCCACAUAUCUGGAGCGCAUGGAGCGAUGGGACGAAAUGCGUGAGCAAAAGCAAUACCGGCCUAAUCCAAGCCCUUCUACAGAAUCUAGGCCAGCAACACUUCCACCUAUGCGACGCUCUGAAACCGAUUUUGUUGUAGAGCAAGUUCAUGACGUCGUUGCAUGGCUUCAAGUCUGUGAACUUGGUCCAGACGGCUCUUACAUGCCAGUUCCUGUGAUAUCACAAGGCAGCCUUGAUCCCGGUGUUUUUUCGCUUCAUCAAGGACUACAGCGGCGUAUCAUUGUUUCUCUGUCAUCUAAUUCUGGUUUACAACUUCCAUGGCUUGAGUUCACAAAAGUGCGGAUCGGAAAUGUUCGACUACUUGACCCUAAAGGGCGCAUUCACGAUUCGACAUCGAAAGCGCUGGUAACUAUGCCCCUUCUGAAAGACCAGACGGUUGACUUUAAACCAGACGGAACAGGCACCUUGUCCGCUGAGGCACUGUGGGACUCCAGCGUUCAUGACUCUGUUUUACUCAAUCGCGUCACAGCAUCAAACCAGCGUAUUCUUGUCCAACUUACUUGGGCUGUCGCAGUGGAAACAUGCAGCGAUCCGAUGCAGUUCAGUAUGGAUGUUGCCAUUGCCAUGCAAACUCGAGAUGCCAGUCCACCGUCUAAACUUCUCACCUUCUUUGGCUCCAACAAGAUCUUGUCCAAAACUAGCAACCUUUUCACAGUGCGGUUGUCGCCUCCUCUCACUCGGUCUGCUAAAGAUCUUUGGCGACUUGAUACCUCAGAGAAGUAUGUGAGGGGUGAGGAGACUUUGGGCGCUUGGAAACCUCGAGGCAUUUCAGUCGUUGAAGAUUACACACGACUAAUCAUGACAGAACGGCGGGCAGCCGACGUUCAAGCAAUCCGCGUCAUCCUCACAAAUUCGCCUCCGAAACCUGUGCAAGCCGAUACUUUGGCUUGGCGUGCAGAUGAUCUUUUGCAGAAAUCCCUUGCUCUGUGGCAGAAACAAUUUGGGCAUCAGGGAAAGAUCGUACUCAGCCAGGAGCCUAGUGACCACGAAGAGAACGGGACUUCGAGUAAACCACUUGACCAAAUAGAUGGAUUAAAGUUUAUCUCUGAGACGAAACUUAUACCUCGGAGCGAUGGUGCUACCAAGAAGGGACAUCUGAUGAUUCUCACUGAUGCCAGCCAGAACAUUUGGGAAAGGAGAUGGUUCGUCCUGAAUAGACCCUAUCUUCAUGUUUACGCCCAUUCCAAUGAAGCCGAGGAGACUGGCAUAAUCAGUCUGACGGGUGUGAACGUGGAGAGCGAUCCUCAUAAAGAAUUGUUGCUAGGCAAACCUCACUCGUUCACUCUUUUCACUGCUUCAAACUCUCACGCUCUUGCGGCUCCUAAUGUAAAGGAGCUCCAAUCAUGGAUAAUGAAACUAGAUCCAACUCGCCUACCAUCAUAG